AUGGCGGAGGACUUGAAGCUGUCGCGAGGGGACAAGCCAGAGCGAAAGUGGUUCGAGAACCCGUUCACCUGGUGGCAGGGAACGAGCCUUGCCUGGAAUACGAAGAUCCCGAUUUGGACGGGCUCUGGUGAGGCUGAGGGUCUGUCCGAGCUCUUCGUGGACAACUUGGGUUCCUUAUUGGGAACGACCGGCGCAGCAGUGGGCCACAUCGGCUAUGGCAUCGUGGGCACGCUGGGUGCAUUCGCCGCCGUAGGCAUGUCGGACGGUUCGAGCUACGCCACUGCCAUCGCCCAGGAGUGGGAGAAGGUUUAUUUCUCGCGCAACAUUCCGGGAUGUGCCUUCGCCCUUCUGUUGGGUAACCUCUACUACGCCUGGCAGUGUGGGCGUCUGGGCAACAAGGAAAACCGCGAGGACGUGACCGCCCAGCCGUACGGCAUCAACACUACCGGCGUGUACAUCACCCUCUACGCCAUCAAUCUCGAGGCUUUGAUCUCUGCCGGCUUCAUCUAUCUGCCGGGUCCACUGGCUUCGGACGCUGACAUUCGCCAGGCAGCGAUCAAUGCGGCAGACCACGCAUGGAAAGUCUCCGUGGCCGCCAACUUUCUUCUUGGCAUCUUCGAAAUGCUUGGAGCCUUCGUGGGCGAGAGCAUCCGCAAAGCUGCUCCCGUCGCCGCUUUCUACGCGCCCAUGGUGGGCGUUGGCUUCGUGUACCUUGCCUUCGUUCCGAUGCUGAACAUCGCCAUGGAGCCCAUGGUCUGUCUGAUUCCGCUCCUCAUCGUCUUCAACGGCUUCUUUGGAGGUGUCCGGUACCACGUCUUCCGGAAGCUCACCAUUCCCAUUGGCAUCUUGGCGCUUUUGGCCGCAGCCAUUGCCGGAUGGUCGGGAGGCUGCGCACGCGAGGCUGGAACGCUUGGGGCGACAAAGUACGGCUACACUCUGCAGUACUUCGAUUCUACGAAGGUGACCUGCACCGGCACGUCCCAGGCAGAGGCCCAACGUGCCUGGGACACCUAUGCCUUCCAGGACAACGUGCUCUCCGGCGCCGUCUUCGUCGGCUUGGGCGGCUUCUCUGAGAUCGGCAGCUUCAUCACCACGCUCUUCCUGGUGGGCGUGGUGGGCUUUGUGGGCACCAUGAGCUGUGUUGAGAGUGCCUCCGCCGCCGGCGACGACUACCCCAUGGCAGAGACAAUGAUCGUCGACGGCGCAGGCACCUGCAUCGGUGCGCUCUUCGGGUCCUUCUAUUCCACCACCGUGUACAUCGGCCAUCCGAUCCACAAGAAUCUGGGCGCCAAGCGCGGGUACAGCCUCAUCAACGGCAUCCUCUACUUCAUCCUGCUGCUCAGUGGGGUGUUUGCAGCGCUCUACCAGUCGCUUCCAGAGUGUGCAAGUGGUUCCAUCUUGGUCUUCGUCGGUUUGAUCCUGGGUCGGCAGGCUUUUGAGGAGACGCCGGCACGGCACUACCCAGCGCUGCUGCUGAGCUUGUUCCCUUACCUCUGCAACUGGGCCAAGCUUGGCAAUGCGAACGAGGGAAUCCAGAUGAUGGGCCAAGCUGGCGGCCUGAUGUUCAGUGUCGUGAUCACCUGGCUCUUCUGCCUUUGCAUCGACCGUGAUUUCCUGAAGGCUACGAUUCUUUCCUUUGCCGCCAUUUGGCUAUCUCUCUUCGGUUUCUUUGCGAGCCACAAUGCGCCGAAUGACAGCGUGCCCCCAACCGAGGGCGACGAGAAGAUCGGGUUCUACGGAAAAGAGGACCACGAGUACAACAACGGCUGGCGCUGGGCAGUGUCCUGGUCGUUGGCAACCGUGUUCUUCGCGGCGCAUGUCGGCUUGCAGCGGGCGGGGAUCAUCCAGGGCCCCUACGCCGAGAAGGGCAGCGAGGAUGCGAACAAGAUCGAGACGUAA